AUGGAUGUACAAACAGAAAACACCGACCCUCCGCCUAAUGAAUCUCAGCCAAGUGGGAAAAUCAGAAAAGGAUUCAAGCUGUUUGGUAAACGCAAGCCAGGUAAUAUAUUUUCCAUCCGAAACAAAGGAGAUGGAAACAAGUCACCUCUUAUCAGGAGCAAAACCUUUGAAGGAUUAUCAGAGACUGAUUCACAACCUAACAAGGAAAAGGGACAGGAGCUGAGUCAAGGAGAGAGGGAGCAAGCAGAGGAUGGAACACUUGAGGAAGAUGGAGCCCUGGCGGCCGCUACUGCUCGUAACUCCAUCUCUUCAGCAUGCUCAGCCAAGUCCCUCACCUUCUUUUCACUGCUGAGGGGCGGCAGAAGGGGAAUGGGAGACAGCAGAGUCCACACUGUGUCUCAGCCAGUGGGUCGGCAACGCCGUGGGCUCAAGGGCCUCUUUGGGAAUGGUAAAUUCCGAUUGAAAGAUAAAGAAGACAAGGAGGAAGCCCCUCCAAGUCCACUUUUAAUGUCAUCCCGUGCCAAUAGUGUGGAAAUAAUCAAAGAAGACCUUACCCUAACACCCAAAUGCCAGCCUCGCGCUCUAGACAGCCCUGAGACGGACAGCUGCGAGCCUGUCCAGAGCACUGAGGACAGUGGAGCCGGGUCCCCGCCAGAGACCUGGAAAAGAAUGGAAGAUGCACCUCCUUUGCCCACUUCUGUACCCCCACUUGUACCUGGUGAUAACAGCCUGAGCUCUUUGCUGGCAGAUAUCUCCUCUCUCCUGACAUUUGACUCAAUCUCAGGGGGUGGAGACAUCAUGGCUGAUGUGGAAGCAGAGUGGGGGAAAGCUAGCAGUCCUAUCAGGGGUGCGGUGACUCGUAUUAAAACCCAUCCUGCACCUGCAAUUUCCCCUCCUUCUGCACAUUUGGUGAGGGAGACUCUAGACUCAGCUAACGUGAGGGGAACUGAACAGCUAUCAGCGGAUCAUCAGCUAGCUCGCCCACAUGGUACAGGUGGACAGGGAAGACAAGCCACGCCAUCCAAAACAACAGACGUACACAAUGAGUCACAAACCAUCCUCCAGGAGCCCUCCCAAGAAAAGAAGCCACCACAGGUCAAAGCCUCAGGGCUCAGUAAAAUACCUGUGGUUGGAGGAGGAAAAGGCGGCAGGAUAUCUGUCCGGGAAAGCCAACAUGUUAGCGAGGAACCAAGCAGGGAGCCAACUACAUCUGUGGUGGAAGAGAAACCCCAUUUCAACUCACAUGAUGCAGGGAGCAAAGACAAAAUCAGCACUAUUGAGGCAACUAUGGCCACCGCAAAACCCAGCCAGAAGGAGAGUCAGCAGCCUCAGCAAUCCAACCUUCCCACCAGCUCAGCGCGUGACUCAAAGAUCCCAGUGAAGCAUGGUGUACAGACCCAUGCUGUGUCCCAAAUCUCUCAGACUAAAGAACCCCCUCGCACCAAGAUCCCCGUGUCCAAAGUACCUGUGCGCAAGAUGGUGAGAUGUGGUAUUGCUGCAUAG